CCGUGGAAACCGGAUGUGAGGUGGCUCGCUCGGAGCAAGCCAAAGAUAAACACGUAGACAGACAAAUACGGGCGAGGGGAAUUAAUAGCUAAUAACCGUGAGGGCGCGGGGGGCACGUUUGAAAUGGAGUAGCUGCGGACGCCGUAGAGGGUUUGUCCGACGAGGAGGCGCCGUUGAAUCCGCCCGAGGAGCGAGUCUUCCCGCGGUUGUCGAGUCGCAGCGUCUGCAGCCCGCUCCACCAUGGUGCGAUCGGCCUUGGUGACGGCCACCAGCCUGGCGCUGACCGGGGCCGUGGUGGCUCACGCCUACCUGCUCAAACAUCAGUUCUACCCGACCGUGGUGUACCUCACCAAAAGCAGCCCCAGCAUGGCGGUUUUGUACAUCCAAGCGUUUGUGCUGGUGUUCCUGCUGGGGAAGUUCAUGCGAAAGGUGUUCUUCGGCCAGCUGAGGGCCGCUGAGAUGGAGCACCUGAUCGAGCGCUCCUGGUACGCGGUGACAGAGACGUGCCUGGCGUUCACCGUGUUCAGGGACGACUUCUCCCCUCGCUUCGUCGCCCUCUUCACCCUCCUGCUCUUCCUGAAGUGCUUCCACUGGCUGGCGGAGGACCGGGUGGACUUUAUGGAGAGGAGUCCAAACAUAUCUUGGGUGUUUCACUUGAGAGUGUUAUCUCUUCUAGGACUUCUGGCUGUGAUGGACUUCUUGUUUGUUAACCAUGCCUGUCACAGCAUCAUCACCCGAGGAGCCUCGGUCCAGCUCGUUUUCGGGUUUGAGUACGCCAUCUUGAUGACCAUGGUCCUGACCACCUUCAUCAAGUACGUUCUGCACACCGUCGACCUUCAGAGCGAGAACCCGUGGGACAACAAGGCCGUCUACAUGCUGUACACGGAGCUCUUCACAGGUUUCAUCAAAGUUCUCCUGUACAUCGCCUUCAUGACCAUCAUGAUAAAGGUCCACACCUUCCCUCUGUUCGCCAUCCGACCCAUGUACCUGGCCAUGAGGCAGUUUAAAAAAGCUGUAACAGACGCUAUAAUGUCAAGGAGAGCAAUCCGCAACAUGAACACUCUAUAUCCGGACGCUACCCCUGAGGAUCUGCAGGCCUCCGACAAUGUUUGCAUCAUCUGUAGAGAGGAAAUGGUCACCGGAGCCAAGAAGUUACCCUGUAAUCACAUUUUCCACUCCAGCUGCCUGCGCUCCUGGUUCCAGCGGCAGCAGACCUGCCCAACCUGCCGCAUGGACGUCCUCAGAGCGUCCAACAACAACCAGACUCAGGCCCCGGCUCCAGCUCCGGCUCCUGCCCCGGCAGCCCCGGCCAACGCUCCAGCUGCCCCCGCCCCAAACGUGGCUCCAGGCAUGCUGCCGGCCUUCCCUCCAGGAGUUUUCCCUUUCUGGGGUCCUUUCCCUGCGGUCCCUCCACCUGCAGCCGCCGCUCCGCCUCCAGCUCCUGGUGCCACCGACGCGCCACAAAGCGGCACGGAGACGGCACAGACGGCCGGCACCAGCCAGCCCACGUCAGCGGAUGCAGACGCCGCCGCAUCGUCUUCGGCGGCUGCUCCGGGAUCAGCGCUCCCAGGAUUCCCCUUCUCCUUCCCGCCUCCUCCCUUCCCCGCCGCGCCAUGGCUGCCGAUGCCACCGCCUCCGCCCUUUGUGUCGUCGAUGCCGCCUCCUCCCCCGUCGCUGUCGCGGCUGACGGAAGAGGAGCUGAGGGAGUUGGAGUCUGAAGGGCGGCGAGGCCUGGAGGCCAGACUGCAGUGUCUGCAGAACAUCCACACCCUGCUGGACGCCGCCAUGCUCAACAUCCACCACUACCUCAGCACCGUCGCUACGCUCAACCCUCCUCGGCCUGAGGGUGGCGCUGCAGCAGCCGGCGGAGCCAACCAGGAGGCGCCGUCCCCCGCGGCUGCCGCUGGCACGGAGAGUCCGGCCACAGAGAAGGACUCCUUCACCUCUGACCAAGCUAGUGGAGCCACAGUGUCGUCUCAGCCCGCCGACUCCACCUCCUCCGCUUCAGACACGGAAAGACGGGAGACCUGGGACGACGGGCUGCUGGAGGACGGGGCCGGAGAGCUGAGCACCGGCGAGCCGAGCGCCGCCGAGCUGAGGCGCCGUCGCCUCCGCAAGCUGGAGACGUCGCCUUCGUCGUCGCCCCCUCCUCCUCCAGAUAACUAGUUGGCGACUGGGGGACGCAUCAGGAACUCUGAGAUAACUUAUGGCUGCUUCGUCGCCUCUUCCUCGUGGCUCUCGCCUUCCACAGGCUCAGGUUUCUCACAGCGCGGAGUUGCACUCAGGCUGUCGGAAGACGCACCAGCUCCUCCUCUCCUCCUUCGUUUUCUCUUUCUGAUUUGAUGGGCUCCAGGGCGGACACCCGCGGUCCUGGCGCCGCGGCCGUCUGUAGGCUUCUUAAAGGCAGGAACAGGACUCCUUUAAGGCUGCGGCGCUCAGUCUGAGAGUCGGCGUUUAGCUCUAGUUUAGCUCUUGUUUAACUGCGUCUUUGGUUUAAUCCAGUUGUCUUCAGGAUGAAGGCGUUCCACAGCAGACAAAUCCAGUAUAUUCAGUUCAGCCACUUCUGCUUUUUCUACCUUGUUUCCCUGGGUUCUGACCCUGUUUCCACUGCUGACGCUGUAACAUACUGAUUUAAUGGAAGCUGUAUAUACUGUAUAAAAGUUUUAAUAGGAUGAUCUGUACACGAUGUGGAAGGAAGCAGCAGCGGAGCGGAGCGGCCGGUGCGGCGCUCCCAGAGGGCCGUGUUGGUGACGCUGCUGAUCAUGGAGCCUUUUUCUACAGGGUUUCUGCUGCAGCGACGUGGCGUUUCUUUAAGUUGGUUUGGCUGUUUAAAUUAAAACUGAUCUAUUAAAAAAAGUAUUUACAGUUA